UUACAUCUGUUACGACGUCAGCUGUGGAGAAACAUAUGCACCGUUACAAAACUUUUAACAAAAUUAACUAAGUUAUUUAGCAAGGUAUAUUUGUGUAGGGUUUAAAGUCUUUUCCUUAGUAACAAUUUAACAUAAAAAACAAUAUAUCAUUGUAUUUUGUUUAAAAGUUCGUUGGUUCGAUUAUGGAGAGGACGGGAAGCGCGAUUCAAGUAGUUGAGGCCACAGGCAAUCAUUCUUUCGUCCUCAACGAUCAGGAGUUGGAAAAGAUUCUCCUGAGAGAGGAUGUAAAGGACCGAACUGCCGUCGUCCUGUCUGUCGCCGGGGUUUUCAGAAAAGGGAAGUCGUUUUUGCUCGAUUUCUUUUUGCGUUAUUUAAGAUCGAAAUACGGCAGCAACGAAUCAACUAGAGACUGGAUCGGGCGAGACAACGCACCUCUGGAUGGCUUUUCCUGGCGUGGGGGAGCCGAGAGGGAGACGACGGGCAUACAGAUAUGGUCUGAGAUUUUCAAAACGACGGUGCUCGGUGAGGAAGUAGCUAUCAUUUUGCUAGACACGCAAGGGACGUUCGAUAGCCAGAGCACGGUGAAAGACUGCGCGACGAUCUUCGCACUCAGCACUAUGCUGAGCUCGAUACAAAUUUACAAUAUAAGCCAGAACAUACAAGAAGACGAUCUCCAGCACUUGCAGCUCUUCACCGAAUACGGCAAACUCGCUCUCGCCAAAAGUUACGACACGCCGUUCCAAAAAUUGCAGUUUCUCGUCAGAGAUUGGAGUUUUCCGUACGAAACGCCUUUCGGAGACGUCGGCGGUAAGAAACUGCUCGACAAGCGGCUCGAAAUCCACGAAUCCCAGCAUCCGGAACUACAAUCGAUCAGAAAGCACAUCAGAGGCUGUUUCAGUGAAAUCGCCUGCUUCCUCAUGCCUCAUCCGGGUCUGAAAGUCGCAACCAAUCCGUCGUUUGACGGUAAGUUGAAAGACAUCGAACCGGAAUUUAUCCAGUACCUGGUUAGGUUCAUCCACACGAUCCUGACUCCGGAAAAACUCACGGUCAAAAAAAUCGACGGCGAAAAAGUGAAGGUAAAAGAUUUGUUGCAGUAUUUCAAAUCAUACAUUGAAAUUUACAGAGGGAACGAACUCCCUGAGCCGAAAUCCAUGCUCGUCGCUACAGCCGAGGCUAACAAUCUAGCGGCAAUGGCGUCGGCGAAAGACACCUACCAGAUGAAGAUGGAGGAAGCCUGUGGCUCCGGGAAACCGUUCAUGAGCGCGCAGAUCAUGGAGCAGUGCCAUUUGAGAAUAAAGGAAGCCGCGCUCCAGCAGUUCUCAAGCAAGAGGAAAAUGGGAGGCGAGGAAUUUUCAGAACAUUACAGGACCCAGCUGGACAAAGGAAUCGAAGAGAUGUUCACCAGGUUCAAACUUCUCAACGAAAACAAAAACCUCUUCAAGUCGGCUAGGACGCCGGCCGUACUCUUUUCGGUGGGCAUCUUUUUCUAUAUACUUUCCGGCUUUUUCGCCCUCCUGGGUAUCUACACGUUGGCCAAUUUCUGUAACUUGUUCAUGAUCGGGUCGAUAAUUACCCUCCUGACCUGGGCGUACGUCAGGCACAGCGGUGAAAGGCUGGAAAUAGGAGCCAUGAUCGACGAAAUUGCGAAUGUUAUCUGGAAAAACGUGAUGAAGCCCUGCUGCGACUCGCUACUCCAGAAAAGCGUACAACGCGCGACCGAAUCAACGGUAUCUCUAAUCGAAUCGAGUGAAGAAAACCUGACAUCGCAAUCUGAUAAACUCAAGAUAUCGUAAUUUUAGUCUUUCUAUCGCUAAAUCACAUGGAAAAUUUUGUUAUAAUACUAGUUUUGUUAUUUUGGAAAGAGUUAUAUUAUAAAGUACAUGAAAUGUUAAAAUAUCAUGUGAAGUUCAUACACAAUAAAUCAAACCAUAUUUAUUAUUAAU